AUGGCUCAGCCAAAUGGCGAUCCUGCAGAGGAAUAUGACUAUGAAUCCCUGCCCCCAAAUUUCUCGCUCCUCCAAAACAUGGCAGCUGGUGCUUUUGCCGGCAUAGCAGAACACACCGUCAUGUAUCCGAUAGAUGCUAUCAAGACUCGAAUGCAAAUCCUCAAUCCUACGCCAUCGGCCGUCUAUAAUGGGGUUAUUCAAGGAACGUAUAGAAUAGCAUCGGGCGAGGGUAUUCUAAGCUUAUGGAGGGGAAUGUCGAGCGUUGUUGUUGGUGCGGGACCGGCCCAUGCUGUGUAUUUCGCGACCUAUGAAGCAGUCAAACACCUCAUGGGCGGCAAUAAAGCUGGCGUCCACCAUCCUUUGGCGGCCGCAACCAGCGGAGCAUGCGCAACGAUCGCGAGCGAUGCGCUCAUGAAUCCUUUUGACGUCAUCAAGCAGCGAAUGCAAAUGCACAAUUCUAGCCGCAUGUAUCGGUCAAUGUUCGAUUGUGCUAAAUAUGUUUACCGCCAUGAAGGCUUGGCUGCCUUCUACGUAUCCUACCCGACAACUCUAUCCAUGACAGUUCCAUUCACUGCACUUCAAUUCCUCGCCUACGAGUCGAUCUCUACCACGAUGAAUCCGCGGAAAACAUAUGACCCCUUUACGCAUUGUGUCGCUGGUGCUGUGGCUGGAGGCUUUGCCGCUGCCCUGACCACUCCGAUGGAUGUUAUCAAGACAAUGCUCCAAACACGAGGCACUGCAAAAGAUGUGGAGUUGAGAACCGUGAAUGGCUUUAGGGCCGGUUGUCGUCUUCUCUACCGCCGCGCUGGUUUCCGUGGUUUCUUCAAAGGCGUGCGACCCCGGGUCUUGACCACCAUGCCUAGCACGGCCAUCUGCUGGUCUGCUUAUGAAGCCUCAAAGGCUUACUUUAUUCAACAAAACGACAGGGAAGCCUUGACAGCAUAA